AUGUCCUGGCAAGCUUUUUGGGCCGUUUGCAUGUCGAAUGAAAAGCAACUGCAAAAGCUCUCAUUCAUCUUGCCGACGCACCAUUUUAUGGACUACUUCGUCAACAUGAACACGGACAGUGGAGAGUGGUCGAUUGAAAGCGAAUGGAUGCUGCCGUCAUGGGACUACGUUGCCAUGAUGAAUACGGACGUUGGCAUCAACCUCGAUGUCAUGAUAUCGAAUGGCUUCCUGUGA